ACCGCCGAGGUGGAGGCGCGGCAUGGAGCCGCGGGUCGUUAAGCCCCCGGGCCAGGAUUUGGUAGUGGAGCGUCUGAAAAGUCGCUACGGACUAGGGGGCAGCUGCCUGGGCGAGGUUAAAUCUAACAGAAGAUCGCUUACCUCCCCAGAUGAUUUGGAUGUUUACUCAUCUGGAGAUAAAACUGGUUCAUCAUUAAGAUUUUAUUCUGAAGAAAGCAAGCAUUGUCCAACACCUUUUUGUGGUUCAUUCAAGCACUUAACUGUGAAUUGCCUAGAUGAUGAACUGGAUUCUUUUCAUGAUUCGAAGAAAUGGGAAACAGAAGAAGAGUUAAUUGAGGAUGAUCAUAGAAUUAAUGCCUCCAAAAUAACCAAGCAAUCUUUUAAAGAAAUAGAAAAAGUUGUCUUGCCACUUAAUGUGGCCUCAUCAGGACCUCAGACUGAAUUUUUUAGUGUUGCAAGUGAUUCUCCUUUGAAACGUGCCAGCUAUUCAAAAUCUAAAGCAUCGAGUAAGCAGGGUUUACUUCCAUAUCAAAUCAGUCAGAUAUAUGAUGAAUUAUUUCAAAUACAUCUGAAACUGCAGUGUGAAACUGAAGCACAGCAGAAAUUUGCUGAAGAACUUCAAAAGCGGGAACGUUUUUUAUUUGAAAGAGAACAACUGCUUUUCAAACAUGAAAACGCCUUAAGUAAAAUUAAAGGUGUUGAAGAAGAGGUUCUUACUAGAUUUCAGAUUAUAAAGGAGCAACAUGAUGCAGAAGUUGAACACUUAACUGAAGUUCUUAAGGAAAGGAAUAAAGAAAGAAAGAGACUGAGGUCCUCUUUUGAUGCAUUAAAAGAAUUAAAUGAUAACUUAAAAAAACAGUUAAAUGAAGUAAGUGAAGAAAACAGGAAGAUGGAGAUUCAGGCUAAAAGAGUUCAAGCUCGUUUAGAUAAUUUACAGAGGAAGUAUGAGUUUAUGACAAUACAGAGAUUGAAAGGAAAUUCACACGCUGCUCAUGAAAUGAAAAGUUUAAAGGAAGAAAAAGUACCAAUUUCAAAAACUUAUAAGGUACCACUUAAUGGACAGGUUUAUGAACUUUUAACUGUCUUCAUGGACUGGAUUUCGGACCAUCACCUUAGCAAAGUGAAACUUGAAGAAUCUGGAAUGGAUGGUGAAAAGCCACUACUCAGAUUUGCUUCUCAGAGAAAUGAUAUUCAGGAGAAGUGUGUAAAGCUUUUGCCUGUAAUGACAGAGCAGCUACAAUGGAUGCCAUUUGUGAAUGCCAAACUUCACGAACCUUUUAUAAAAUUUGUAUAUUGGUCCCUAAGGCAGCUAGAUGCUGGAACACAGCAUUCAACUAUGACAUCAACAUUGAGGAGAUUGGGUGAAGACAUAUUUAAAGGAGUAGUAACUAAAGGAAUUCCAGAUAAUUCUCUAGAACAGUUGGUGGAGAAUAAAUCAAAGACAGCUGCUUUCUUUAAGAGCUCCAAUUUGCCAUUGAGAUUUUUAUCAACAUUAAUUGUUCUCAGGACAGUCACUCAAGCUGAUUACCUGGCUCAGGCAUUUGAUUCUCUUUGUUUGGACUUGAAGACAGAUGAAGGAAAAGCCUUGUUUUUGGAGUAUCAAGCUGUUCCUGUAAUAUUAAGUCAUCUAAGAAUAUCCAGUAAAGGACUGCUAUCCAAUGUUAUUGAUAGUUUGCUUCAGAUGACAGUGGAAUCCAAAUCCUUGCAGCCUUUCCUGGAAGCCUGUAGCAACUCCUUAUUUUUUCGUACUUGCUCUGUGCUACUUCGAACCCCUAAGCUUGAUCUUCAGAUACUGGAAAAACUCAGUAUUAUUCUACAGAAACUUUCUAAAAUCAAGAGUAAUAAGAAGCUCUUUGAAGUUUUUACAAUUCAUUUGAUGCUCCAAGAAAUACAGAGGACAACACAUCCAGAGCAUGCCUUUCUCUGUAUUAACCUAAAUUCUACUCUGUUCAAUUUGGGUUUAACAAAAGGCAACUCCGUUGUCUCCAAUGCAAACCAUUAGACUGGCUUAUUUUUUAAGUAUAUAUUAUAUAUGUUGCUUAUUUGUAAAAACAUAAAAUCACCAGAGUAACUAAAAUCCUACCAAGUAAAGUUAUCAGUAGUAUCAUUUAUCAUGCAAGAUAAAUAGAGUUUUUUCCAACUUUUAAAUGAAAUCUAUAGAAGCUAUGGAACUUUUGGAAUGUUUCAGUUCAACUCAGGUAGUACUAAUGGACAAGAUGGCAUUUCCAGAAUUUAUGACAGUGGGUUUACUUUUUGUAAAAGUAUUUUAGGAAAAGUCUUAAAAUUUAUUAAAAUUAUGUGAUUAUUGGA